CUUACUUAAGGUCGUGGCAAUUUCAACACCAAUGGUUUCGUCGCCAGCCGACUUAACACCCGACUUACAGGUUGCUAAAAAGGCAAUGGAAUCACCUUGGGUCGAGAAAUACAGACCCAUUGAUUUAAAAGAUAUCGUGGGUAAUGAAAAUACCAUCUGUCGUUUGUCCGUUUUUGCUCGAGACGGCAACUUACCGAACAUCAUAAUAGCUGUAACCUGUUUUUUAUUUCUUACUAACCUUUCUGUAGGGUCCUCCAGGUUGUGGAAAAACCACAAGUAUCUUAUGCUUGGCCCGCACUCUGCUAAAGAGUGCCUAUAGAGAAGCGGUCCUUGAGUUAAAUGCAUCGAACGAAAGGGGUAUCGAAGUAGUAAGGACUAAAAUCAAGAUGUUCGCUCAAAAAAAGGUCAGUCUUCCUGAAGGAAGGCAAAAAAUAAUCAUCCUCGAUGAAGCCGACAGCAUGACUGAAGGUGCUCAACAGGCACUUCGACGGAUCAUGGAGUUAUACUCUCGAACAACUCGUUUUGCAUUGGCUUGUAAUGAUUCUUCGAAGCUCAUCGAACCAAUACAAUCAAGAUGUGCUGUUUUACGUUAUGCUCGUUUAACAUCUGCACAAGUGAUGGCCAGAUUGCUAGAAGUUUCGCGUAUCGAAGAUGUUUCGUAUACAGAAGAAGGUUUGGAAGCCAUUGUGUUCACUGCAGACGGUGACAUGAGACAGGUAAAGUUUGUCUUGUUUCUUAUAACGUAAUUGAGAAAAAUGAAAUAUCCUAUUAUAAAUUUGAAGAAAGUAAAAAUGAAGAUUUCAGUUAAAUGAUAUAAAUCCACGGACCACAUCUGCUUACAACCUAGAAACAAUAGAAUUAACCAUUAAAGAGCAAAAUUUCGGCUCAACAUCCAGAUGUUUGAUGGUAGGCCAAUAAUAUAAGUACUCUAGAAGAAAUCUGACAGGCUCUAAAUAAUCUCCAAUCAACUUAUGAAGGAUUUGGGAUGGUCAGUAGCGAUAAUGUCUUUAAAGUUUGUGAUGAACCCCACCCAAUGCUUAUUAAACAGUUAAUUGAUCAUUGUUCUAAGGGUGAAUUGUCAGCUGCUCACAAGAUCUUACGUCAUUUAUGGACUUUGGGAUAUUCCGCUGAAGAUAUUAUCACCAUCACUUUUCGAGUAAUAAAGAAUCAUCCAAUGGAAGAGUAUCUCAAAUUGGGAUUUAUAAAAGAGGUUGGCCUUACUCAUUUACGAAUUUCCGAAGGACUAGGUACAUACCUACAAUUAGCUGGUCUCCUUGCUCGCCUUUGUAAAAUAGUGUUACCAAAAUAAAAAUUUUGUUUUUAUUAAUAUACCAUUUCCGAAUGUUUAUUUUGUACAGCUAGUGACUACCUUGAUGUGCUUGUAUUAAACUCUUCUCACAUUUCAGAUUUUUAUUUUUGUAUUACGACAAUGUUAAACUAAAAUGUAUAAAUAUAACAACCUGGCUAAGUUCAUUUUAUCGUCUAAUAAUUGUUGCUAAAAAUAAGAUAAAUAAAUGAUACCCAUCUA